AUGAAGGUAAAGAGAGUGAAACAUGCAAGAAAAUACUUAACUUUAUUCAAGAAUUCCUUUGGAAUAUUCGAACCAUACCAAAUAUUAGGUAAGCAGAUAUAUUAAGCAUUAUUUAUUCUACGAUUCUUCGCAAUUUGAAGUGAUUUGUACGUUUGCCGUUUUCGCAAUCGUGAAAAGUAUAUUGCCACAUGGUCUCACUUGCUACUGUGUUGAAUUCUGCAGUUGAUGGUACAUUCUGCCAAGCAGCCUUACAGACUAAAAUAAAUAUCAAGGAACAGCUUCCAAAAUACCUUGAUGGGACCAUUCAGUUAUGUAUCCUUUCCCACUAUAUUUUAGAAUGGAAGACUUAAAGUUAAGGGAAGCUAUUAAAUCAGCUGAUAAGUACAUGACUGCAUGUAUUUGAUGAAGUACAGUGAAAGGUUUUAACCCAGGAUUUAUGUCAUAAAAUAGGUGGAAUAUGAUCGUCCGAGUGAGUGUAGUCCUGAAUAGGACUGUCGAUGACAGUCACUGAUGUUUUGACAACUGUGCACAGGUGUUAAAAAAAUGUUGUGGCUGGCGCCGGUCAAGUUGUCGGGGCAAACCUGUUUUUGCUUGGACACAACUUGUUUUUGGCCAGACAGUUACAAAUAUUUAUUGUGACAUAUUCUCUAUAAAACUACAUUUUUGAUCUAUCAAAAGGGUAAAGGACCGGACAAAGUAUCUGGUCAUCCAAGGAUUUGACGGGACAAAGCUUACUUUUGACUGGACAUUUUCUGUUGACCGGCUGUUAUUUCAAGCCCUGGUGUGGUAUUCAACUUUCAGAGCCAAAGUGAGUUGUAUCACAUCAGUUGAUGGUAUUAAACUCUGGUUAUUGACCUGAUUGGUCAAUUGGUCAGUUAACUGGCAUUGUUAUUGGUUGUCUGUCAUUUACACCGUAAGCCUUGAUGUUAUUGGGAUUGUAGACUCUAAAAACAAACACACAAUGAACUCUAAGCGAAAAGAAAAAGAUGAUCACUGUAAGGUUAGUGAGAGUCUUGUAGCUGAUGGCAAUGUGGGCUAACUGACCGAGGACAACAGUGUAGAGCUAAAAAAAAUCAUGUCUGGUCGUUUGGAACAGGUAUUUUUGUUGCUAAUGGGCAAGUAUAAAACUUUAAAUGUUUCCUUUGUCAUAUUGGGUAGUUGCAACUUCAUCACCAAGACAGGCAUGCAGUUUAAGUUGGAAAUUCAAGUUUUCAAGAUCUGUAACAAUGUACAGGCUAAACGUAAGCCUCCAAUAGUCUUCACUGGUCAUAAAGCGCAUUUCUAUACAGACUGUCAAAAGAUCACCCACUGUGAAAACAACACAUCUUCUGAACACUGUCAGAGUAGUAUUACAACUUUGUCUUAUGGACCUGAAUGCUUAUGUGUAUGGGAUUUAUUGAGAUAAAAGUUACUUAACGAAUUAUAAGCAACAACAAGAUGCGUGAUAGCUGAAGGAGAAGCUCUUGGCCCUCAGCUGUCUGGAGCUGUGCUUAUUGCAAAGAGAUUUCAUUUACGAAAUUGUGGUCAUCAUAAAGCUGCUGUCCCAGCUACGGAAUGUAUUAAAAGUAUGAUAGGUAAAUAUGACUCUGAAUUUGUUUGUGAAUGUUUACAUGAACAUUAAUUUUCUGCUUCUCUCCAAUUGCUUUAAACCAAUCUUUUCCCUGCCAGUAGAGGUCCGUCAUGGCAAGAGAAAAAUGAUACAAAAGAGAGAGACCUCUGCCGGCCUUUGAUACAUUUUCUGUCAUGUAUGUACUUGCAUUUCUUUAACAACCAAUAACCUUUUAGUCAUGUGCAACACAACUUACAACAACUACUGUGGGAUCAGAAAUUUCCAGCAUGAAGUCUUAACAGAGCAAGCAGAAACCACAUCAAAUGAAACCGGUUUUGAAAACCAGUGAGUUUCAAUCACAAAUGUGGUCGGCAGCUAUAUGAAAGAAUGUGUCAGGGGGCAGCAGUGAUCUCUCUCUUUCCUCUACAUCUUCUCUUGCUGUAAGAGACCUCUGCUAGCUGGGAAUGAAAUCUGUCCUGGUGGUGGAAUAAGCAGUUAUUCACACAUUGGUCUGAUUUCAGGUCCUGUUUUCUCUUUUUUCAAGGAACCGAGAAUCCAAAUGGUUACUUUGUUGCAUCACAAGACAGAGAUCUAAGACAACAUUUGCAUACCGUUCCAGGUACAUAUUGUGUAGCUCUUUUCUCUUCCUGCUACUCUGUAUAGUCAAUUGGAAGCCAAAAGGGAAUUCAAGUUGUAAUUUGAACUAUCUACAUCUUUCUCUUCUAAGAUUUUUUUUGUCAAAAAAAAAGGUAAACUCCUGAAUUUCAUUAAAAUACCUGGGAGGAUUUAGGAUUAUUAUAAAAGGGUUGAAAUAAACAACAUGUAAAAGAGAGAGUAGCUUGGGGGUCUGGGGACCAGCUCCCUUAGAAAAUAGGUGUGGUUUCCAGCGAGAUCAAAGUGUUUGCUGAAAGUGAAGGGAAUUUUGGUCAUUUUAAAAUAAUUUUUACUAGUUUUUUGUAUUAGUUGUAGGUUUUAGAUAUUACAACUUCAGCAUGGGGGAUUCGUUGAGUUUCCCCCUGCCUCCAGCCAAGCCACCUUUAGAUCUGCCCCAGAUAAUGAAAGCAAUGAGAGGGAGGAUCAUCCGUACUGAAGAGCUGUUUCAUUGGUGGUGCUUUCCUGAUACUGAAGGCUAUUUUGUCUUACUGGUAAAUUGUAGACUCAAAAAGACUGUUUGCAAACAGUACAGCAAAAUACCCAGUGCUUCAAGAAAGGGCACCUUUUGUGGGUAUGGUGAGAGCUGUAAGAGCCAUCAUGCCAACAUGCCUUCACAUUCUUUUUGUAUCCAUGAUUAAUGUAUUCCUUUUUUAGGGGUGCCUCUUCUUUUCAUCAAUCAUAACACCAUACUCUUGGAGAAGCCUUCAUCUGCAUCCUGCCAAGCCUCAGAUAAGGUUUGUUAUGUGUUGGAAUUAAGGCAUUUGCCUGAUCAGGACUGUCAAUAAGGGCCGGUAGCCGGCCAAAACCCCUGGCUAGUUAGCCACCCUUAUCCUUAGCCUCUUGAAAACCCCUGGAAGUGGCAUUUCCAAGACUCUAAAUUUCAAAAUCUCCCUAGAUGCCUCACCCCUAAGAAACCUGUACCUUUGGUGCUAGUUGAACCAAAUUAAGCCGCCUACUAUUCAUUAUCAGCGGGCUACUUAAAAACUUUUUGACAGCCCUGCAUGAUGAGAUGAUUUUACCACUACGACCAGAAUCCUUUACGUUCUUUCUUUCAUGUUCGAAUUUGGUAAUCCCGCAAGGUAAAUAACAAAAGUUCAAAUUUGUACCAAAAGAGCAAAACCCUGAAGGAUUCUGGUCGUCGUAGUAAAAUGAUGUCAUCGUGUCAAUGACCUAUUGUCCUAACUAGUACACAAGAACAGUAUGAACACAUCCCCAUUGUGGGUAUGAAGUGUGGGUAACCUUCUUUGUCCCAAGAGUGAUCAAAAUCAAUUUUCUCCUAAGAAAAUCAAUACACAAUCAAGAGAUUAGGUUAUAAGAAUCAACAAAAUCAUCACCAAAGGGAAAAGACUUUGGUUUUUUAUCAUAUUUUCGCAACUAGUUCUUUGAAGAAAUGCAUGGAGAUCAGUCUGGGGAAUGGUGGUGUAUAUCUGAAUAAUCGUGGACAAUAAAUCCUGACCAUCCCAAAGGAACAAAUCUAUAGUUGACUGAUUACCGUUUCUGUUACUUAUACCAUUUGCUCAUUCUUUUUUAGGUUCAAAUUUCCCGUCUGGAGCCCUCUAAACACGAAAAAGAAACACUCGAAAAACUGAGCGAAACCUCAACAGAGCUAAAACCAAGGCGAAAGCGUAAACGGCCUGGAGGACCUAAUCCUCUGUCAGUUCUCAAAAGCAAGAAAAGAAAAUAUGAUAGACAUAGUGGUUCCGAGGAUAUCAAGGUAACUAGAAGUUGUUUAUGUUCACAGCACUCAUGCAGGGGCUUUGCUCUCGAGGUUAUGAAACAGCGGAAAGUGAAAACACUCUCCAACUAACAACUUUUAUAGUUUACUGCGAGGAUUACUCGGUUUUUUGACUGGUUUUAGGCAUUAGGGGAAAACUCAGACUGUUACUAACAGAUGCAUCUCGUAAAUGCCGAAUGCCUGCUUGGAAAUGUUAACAUCUUUCCCCGUGGUUAGGUGCUGUGUGCAUUUUUUCCUGCGCGUGAGCCGGCAUGUAUUGGCACUCACUCCUACCAAAUAACGCUUGCACCGAUUUCGUGUGCUCGUUCCCACCACUUAGCAACGGUUGCAUGGUAACCGUUCAUGUUCGUCGUGCUCUGCAUUGGUUACAUUGGUUUCCCGCCCUUUUGCACGCUUUGCACCGACUGCAUACUUCACUGCACGUCGUUGUUCAGUCUAUCCUGAUCCAGACCCAAUUCUUUUUCUCAUAGAAAAAGCGAAUUCGUAAAAGAAAACGAAAACUGGCGAGGCACGUACUGGAGGCUAUUCAAGAGCACACCGCAACAACAUUGUGAAGACGACAAACACCAAUAGUCUUUGAAUUGAACUCAGACUUUUCUCAUUGCAGAAAAAUGGUCAACACUUCAAGAAUUUUAAGUGCAUCGCUUAUUAUUUAAUACCAGCAAUGCCGAAGAUGUUUGUAGUUUCUGAUCUCUUCCAACAGAACAUAGCAGUAUAAGUUCUUUUCGAUUCAUUCGUAUUUCCCGGUACAAUAUGAACACCUAUCCGAUGUGAAUCUCCACUUUAGAGAGCGGCGUGGCUUGGCUUCGCUCCGUUACAGAAAUCGCCCCGGAAAUGAGCACUGUUCGUAUGUGUGAACAGAAUUUCUAUCCGGUAUGGUUUUCGUGCCGGCGCGAGAGCUAUCCGGUAUCGAGGUGUGAACAAAGUCUUUGUUGAAAACCUUUUUAACGCUUGUCAAAUUAGGUCAAUAUUUCUUUGCGAGAGAUGUCUUUUUAAUAGUGAGGCUAAUCAAUAAAAUAGAACUCAUAUUGCUUUUAAAUCACACGGGACCACUAUUUAUUAAUUAAACUGCCGAUAUUACAGAGUGAUUUUAAUGUUGCCGCAGGCCACUUCUUUCAGGAACUUUGAAAGUUUGGAAGAGUUUCUCGCUUAAAACACGUUAGGUUGUUUGACGCUGCCCAAGAAAGUCUUAACUUACAAAGACUUUCCAUGAACGUGCCUGACCGUCAAAUUUCAACAAUGCAAGAUAUAUUUUUUACGUAGAUUUCGGCCGCAAUUUUCACUUUUAUCAUUUAACUUUAAAGAGAACACCGACUACAAC